UUACAUUUGGCCAUGUUCUCGACCAGUUUCUUUGAUUAUAUUAUAGCAAUAUUGCAGAAAUGGCACAUGCACCAGGCAACAACAACAACAUGGUGGACAUUCUUGAGCACUGCCGUAUUUCACCACCGUCUGAUCUCUGCACCACCACAAAAAUUUUACCCCUCACAUUCUUCGACAUCUUUUGGCUCAACUGGCCCUCUCUCAGCCGCGUCUACUUCUACGAUUUCCCCUGUUCUGCAACCGAAUUCACACAAAAAAUCGUCCCGAAUCUUAAAAAAUCUCUAGCCUCAACUCUCCAACACUACUACCCUUUCUGCGGCAAUCUCAUAAUUCCCACAAGUCUUUCCACCAAUACCAGCCCCGCGAUUCGUUACUCAGACGGAGACUCUGUCUCGGUAACUGUAGCGGAGUUGAGGAGUGUUGUCUCCGAAGGGUUUAAGUAUCUCUCUGGUAAUGAGGCUGUGGAAGUUGAUGAGUUGAUGUGUCUUGUUCCUGAGCUUCCACAAGGCAGGGGAGAUGAAAAUGAGAAGGUAUCUCCGGUUUUAUCGAUUCAAGUGACGUUGUUUGCGGAUCAAGGAUUCAGCAUUGGAUUCAGAAACUCGCAUGUUGUGGCUGAUGGGAAGAGUCUGUAUAAUUUUAUCAGGACUUGGGCUGUUAUUAAUGCGAAGCAGCUCAGUCGCGAUUGGGAUUAUGAAAAUUUGGAUAGUCUGCCGGUUUAUGACAGGAGUGUGAUCGGUGAUCCGAAGGGCAUGGCCUCGAUUUUCUUGAGGGAAAUUUUGCGCCAGCAGGACUCUCAAACAGAUGCUAAAGCUCCUUCUGAUGUGCACAAGGAUGAUAUGGUUCAAGCCACGCUUGUGAUGGAUCAUUUGCAGAUUCAAGGACUCAAGAAUUUGGUGUCGACCCAAGUACCACAUGCUUCGACUUUUGUGGUGGUGUGUGCCUAUGUAUGGGCUUGCAUGGCAAAGAUGCGCGCUGCUGAAGGUCAGGAGGUUGAGGUGGAUGAGCAUUUUGUUUUUGCUGUGGACGCUAGGGCACGUCUGGAUCCGCCAAUUGCUGCAAAUUAUUUUGGAAACGCGAUUUUGCCUUGUUGGUCUACUCUCAAAACCAUCGAAUUAGCAGGAGAACAAGGCUUUCGGAUUGCAGUGAAGAAAAUCAGAGAGGGUCUUGAUGAAAAGAUGAAGAACGAGGAAGGAGUGCUGAAAGGGUACGAUACGAUUUUUGAUCAGAUUAAAGCGGCGAAAGGGCAGCCAAAGUUUGGGGUGGCUGGAUCGCCAAAGUUUGAUUAUUAUAGCACUGAUUUUGGUUGGGGCAAGCCAAAGAAGUAUAAAGUUGUAUCAGAGAAAUUUUCACUUACUGGAUCAAGGGAUUCUGAGGGUGCUCUGGAACUCGGAUUUUGCUUGUCGAAAGAUGAAAUGGAUGCUUUCACUACCAUCUUCACCGAAGGGCUGAUCAAGUAAGAGACAGAGAGUAUACACAUUCGACUUUAUAUCUUUGUAAUAAGGUUCAUGGUGCUUGGCCUUAUACUAAAAUGAAGUGUAUGCUUGUAUUCUACUUGUUUUUAUAAGAAUCCUUGAUCUUUAAGCGCCUCUGCUAACCCUGCGCUUGCUGCCACAA